AGGUGAUGCUGACCGUUAUCUUUCAAAAAUUGGCGGGAAUAUAACUCAACCAGUCAAAAUGGCGUCAUUUCCGGUGUUUAUUACAGCGAUGGAUUUCCGCUACUACCCGUUUAGCCAGGGGAUGUUUUUUUCCUUACACUCCAUAUUAAAUGCUGAAAAGAAUAAGGGAAAAAGUCGUCUUAUUGUGUAUGAUUUAGGAUUAUCAAAACGUCAAUUAAGAGUGCUACGUAAAAAGUGUCAGUGUGAAAUUAGACGGUUUCCAUUUGAAGAAUUUCCGCCACAUGUUCGCAAACUGAAAACAUAUGCAUUUAAACCUAUAAUAAUUCAGAUGGCCCUUCUGGAGUUUGGUUUUGUUUGGUGGAUUGAUAUUUCAGUGAAAUUGCUAAGGGUUAAUUUAGACAAUGCAAUAAACUAUGCAAGGAAAAACAGUAUGUUGUUCUUUGUGGAAAGAAAAAAUCCCAAAAAAGUCAGCAUAGCGAAACAAACGGACAUUCGAACUUUUAAUUAUUUAGCAGAAGAUGUAUGUAAAUACAGACCAUUCGGAGAAGUUUGGGCAACAACAGUUUUGUUUUAUUAUGACCAUGUUACCAAAGUUGUUGUGAAUGCAUGGGCGUCAUGCGCUUUGAAUGAAGCAUGUAUUGCACCGGUUGGGGAGGAUAAACUGAAAUGUGAUUUCCUUGAUCUAAGCGACGGGAGAUGUCAUCGAUUUGACCAAUCAGUACUAGGGAUCAUUGUGCGACGCUUAUAUCAUGAGCAAAAUGAAUAUCCGCUAGACAAAGAACUGAAUAGUAUUUAUUAUAUUGGAAGGCGAGAAUUUGUUAACUAUUUUGAACAUUGUAGUUUUGAAUUUAUGUGUUACUAAUAAUGAAAUCUAAGACUGUAUAUAUAUAUAUUGCAGAAUUUUAUCGGUGAUUUAUAUAAAGUUAGCAUGUCUAUGGGAUGACGUCAUUCUGCCGGUAUAAAUAAAAAUUUGCAAACUUAUUCCGGAGGCUGUUUAAUGCAACUUUAUAAAAGCAGCCUGAAAUAAAGAACGAUGUGGUAAUUUCUUUUUGCAAUAUAAUUUAUAGCAAGCUGAAAGAGCAUGCCUUAAGUAUAAGGGCCUAAUCGCAAAGCGAGCAUUAUGGUAACGCAAGUUUCUUGAAGUGAUGGAUUUGAAGUUUGUUGCGGAAGUACAGCAAAAUUAUGGGUAAUAAGAUUGCCUCUUCUUCAUCGGAGGUAAUUUUGGUUCCCUGUUCUAUUAUAUUUUGACUACGCCAGGAAUCAGUACCGACAUGUUACCUGCACUAUUUUUACCAAAGCACGCCGGGAAACAGUUUUUCUGGUUUCAUAAUGUACGUCUUGUGCAAAAUGACAAUCUAUUGUGUAGAAGUAAAUAUUCAAUACAUGCUUUAUAAUAGUGACAAAUAUAAGUUUAUGUUUUUAUGACAGAUGCAAACUGUUUGUAUAUUUUGCUAAUCUAAUAUAUUAUGUGUGACGAUUAAAAUCCAAUACCUACAAAUGUUGUAAACUAAAAUUUUAGGAAAUGUUUCCAAUAGAGACAGGUGAAUACAUAACAUGUAACCGCCUCCGUGGUCGAGGGGUUAGAGUCGAUGACUUCUAAUCUAGUUAACUCUCUGGCAUGGAUUCGAUCCCCGGGAGAUGCUUUGGUAGUUAAGCACGGAGGAAGGUAGUCUAGUACUGGUGGAACGAUGGUAAGGAAACUACCCGCCUAUACGACUGAAAUACUGUUGGGAAAAGGCGUAGAAUGAAACAAACAACAAACAUAACAUGUAUAUGUUGGAAAACAGCAGAAAAUAGAAGAAUAUAUUAUUUCAUUUUAUGUUAACAUUUGUCCAG